GCUCUAUCUCGGAGGACUCGAAGCGCAGCCGGAGUUCCCGUCGGCGGAUGGACCCGCAGCCCGGCGCCAGGAGCUGCAGCGCGGGGGCCCCCGCCUGCGAGGUGGUCCCGAACGAGCCCCCCAUGAACCUCUACAUCAACACCACCACCGGGACCCGCUAUGAGCUCUCCGUGCCCGCCGAGGAGACGGUGGAGGGGCUGAAGAGGCGCCUGUCCCAGCGGCUCAAGGUGCCCAAGGAGCGCCUGGCUCUGCUGCACAAAGAGAGCCGGCUCAGUUCUGGAAAACUGCAGGAUCUUGGGGUUGUGGAAGGAAGCAAACUGACGCUGGUGCCCACCGUGGAGGCCGGCUUGAUGUCCCAGGCAUCCAGGCCAGAACAGUCGGUGAUGCAAGCCCUGGAAAGCUUAACUGAAACUCAGGUCAACGACUUCUUGUCGGGCCGGUCCCCGCUGACCCUGGCCCUGCGCGUGGGGGACCACAUGAUGUUCGUGCAGCUCCAGCUGGCGGCUCAGCAGAGCAGCGGGCAGCUCCAGCACCGGCACCUCAUCGCCAGCCGUGGCGAGGCGGGGGCCGCCGCCAGCCCCCACUGCCGGACGCUGCACGGCGGCGCCGGCUCCGGCUUCACCCGCAUCCCCGUGGUGCCCGCCUCGUGCCAGCAGAGCCCGGCCCCCAGCCCCGCGCCCACCGCGCCGGCCCCCCCCAUGUACUGUAACACCCCCCACGCCGCCCCCGUCACCGCCGGGAUGUUCCGGUCGCACGGGGCCAGCACGCAGACGGUGAACAGCAGCGUGGUCUCCUCCUGCUCAGAGGUGGAGUGCGGCACCCGCAGCAGCAGCUCCCCGGGCAGCAGCCCCGCGCCCGCCGCCCGGUCCCGCAAACCCGGUGCCGUCAUCGAGAGCUUCGUCAACCACGCGCCUGGGGUCUUCUCAGGGACCUUCUCCGGCACUUUGCACCCCAACUGCCAGGACAGCAGCGGGCGGCCGCGGAGGGACAUCGGCACCAUCCUGCAGAUCCUGAACGACCUCCUCAGCGCCACGCGACACUACCAGGGCAUGCCCCAGUCCCUGACGCAGCUCCGCUGCCAGACGCAGUUCUCCUCAUCCUCCUCGUCCUCCUCCUCGUCCUCCUCCUCGCCACCAGCCUCCCCGGACCUCGCCACCAAAACUACCUCAGAGCCGCUGCCGGCGGCCGCAGCAUCCCCACCCCUGCACCCCGUCGUCCAGUGCCAAAGCCAGAUCCGGAUGUGCAAGCCCAGCGGGGACCGCUUGCGGCAGACGGAGAACCGGGCGACGCGCUGCAAGGUGGAGCGGCUGCAGCUGCUCAUGCAGCAGAAGCGGCUGCGCAGGAAGGCGCGGAGGGACGCGCGGGCCCCCUACCACUGGCUGCCCAACCGCAAGUCCAGCCGCACCAACAGCAACAGCAGCGUCUCCAGCGAGGGCAGCCUGGACCUGGACUUCGAGGACUCGGUGUGGAAGCCCGAGGUCAAGGCAGACAUGAAAUCAGAGUUUGUCGUAGCAUAGAGCCCUACCCCGGGGGGGGCCCCGGGGCCGCGGACUCUGCCGGGG